AUGAAUCUAACUUAUUGUAUUAUCGCUGCCAUCAAGAUCGGGUUGGGCACCUGGUUUCUCGCACUGAUAUUUAUAAUGUUGUACUAUCUUUUCUUCACUAAGCAGCAAAGACCCUCUCCAAGUAACAAUGCGCAAUCUAUUCCAGACCAUAGAGCAGUUGCAAGCUUCGGAGUUCUCCAAGACAGAAGCUUGCAGAACCGGCUCAUAGCCCGAGCUAUACCCAAUGGAAGACUGCUAGAUGCGUUCGGGAUCGACAACCCGUUCACAACUACAAGUGUAAUCACCUACAGGAGAUUCAUACAAAAGGUCGGACCCGGAUUACACGGGACAAAGCCCAAAAAGUGGCUUAAAUUUUUCAAUGCCGCCUCUACAACACUAAAUCUUAUUCUACUCCAACAUCGGAGCGUAAGAUACUCAUUGCCCUUAGCUGCUCUUGUUAGACAGCUCGUGUUCGUUUCGAUAUUACAUGCGUUCUUCGGCGUGGAUCCCAAUAAUGUCAAUCUUCACGACGUAGACAUCGCGACCGAAUUAAUUAACUUGCUUUGGGUACAGUCGAAAACAACGCCGCAAUCAUACCCAUUGGGAGGACGGGUUGUGCUCGAAGUGGCACUGCGGCAAAUACUCCCAGACAAAUUCCCUUGUAGUGCCAAGGAUCACCCUCUAAAUAUCAUCAUCCCGGCCUACGAGACGAUGUGGCGCGUCGUUUUAUUGACAUUCAUCUCAGCUGGGUUCCGGAACGUAGACCAAGAGACAGCAGACCAAUUCCGAAAGGUUAUCGAACGAGGGCCGGAAUGUUUCAAGGGCAGUAAAUCAAAAGAUAUACGAACGAUGGCAGUAAACUUCGCCAAGGAGGGUCUUCGUUUAUAUCCACCAACAAAAAGGGUCUAUCGUGCCGUACUUACGGGACCUCGGAGUCCCCCGUUUAUCACUUACGAUGAAAAGAUAGCCGAUAUCGAAAAGUGCCAUAGGGAUCCCAAUAUCUGGACCAACCCGGAGCAAUUCCGGCCGUCACGGUUCUUGCCAGAAGAAUUCACGGAUAACAUGAAAGAGGCCUACUUACCGUUUAGCCUGGCCCCGCACCGCUGCCCGGCUGCUGACACGUUUGCUCCUCAUGCCAUCAUUAUCCUAGUAGUCGUACUAGCAAGGGGCUUGGGAACUCUAGAGUCAGGCUCAAACGUGUGGUUUCGGAAUGCUAGACUGGACGAGGAUAGGAGUGCCCUGUUGCCGUCUGGGAGGUUAGAUAUGGAGGAUUGGAAGCUAGAGAUGAAGGAUGUCGCCUGAACUAUCAAGUGACUAUAUGACAUGGCUGUGUGAUAUAUGACAAACAGGACAAUCUAGGUAGCAUAGUUAAGACGGGGUUAUUUCCCCGGCGCCAAGCUUAUUGCCAAACUUUGGAGGACAUAUUUCUGGUAGCACAUCGUUUAGGGGGGGGACUACAUAUUGAAACGUUC